AUGGCGACGGCGAAUCUGCAGCAUUCCCUCGCCGUACCCCCCUCCAUCAGGGCGUCUCCCUCGCCGAUCGCCGGCGGCGCUGCCGUCGUGCAGGAAGGCAAUGGCAGGGACCUGGAGUCGGCGGAGCAGCUGGUGCUCGACCUCUGCGACCCCGCGCUGCGCGAGCACGCCCUAUUGGUCAUCUCUAAGAAAAAGGAGAUUUGUCAAGAUGCGUUGGCCCCACUGUUGUGGCACUCGUUUGGUACUAUUGCUGCUCUACUUCAGGAAAUCGUGCCGAUCUAUCCUGCACUUGAUCCUCCAACUUUAUCACCAGGUGCAUCAAACCGAGCCUGCAACGCACUUGCUCUCUUUCAGUGUAUUGCAUCACACCCCAAGACAAGGAUGCUUUUCUUGAACGCCAAUAUUCCAAUCUUCAUGUAUCCCUUCAUGAUUACGAAAACCAACACAAGACCUCUUGAGCACUUGCGGCUUGCCAGCUUGGGUGUUAUAGGCGCUCUUGUUAAGACCAAUGAUCCUGGAGUUGUCGAGUUUCUACUGAGAACUGAAAUAAUUCCUCCAUGCCUGUUUUGCAUGGAGAACGGCCAUGAGCUGUCAAAAACCGUGGCUACCUUCAUUGUCCAAAGGAUUAUCUCUGAUGAUCUUGGAUUGCGUUACAUCUGCACCAACGCUGAGCGUCUGCUUGCUGUGGUCCAGGUUUUAGCGCAGAUGGUAAAUUCUGAGCGUCUGCUUGCUGUGGCCUCUGUUCAGCGUGAUCCCGCAAAGUUGGUCAAGCACGUUAUCCGGUGUUUUCACGGGUUAUCAGCUGAUGCCAGGGCAUGCGCUGCAUUGCAAAUCAUCCUCCCUGACGUGUUGAAAGAUGGGAUGGUCGAGACGUACCUUGUCGAUGACCUUGCAACAAGGCGCUGCCUCCAGCAACUGCUGCAUAAUGUGAAAGUGGGAGGCGUGGGAGGAGCUCCUCAGCCAGGCCUGGAUCACAUGAUGGGGAUUUUAACAAUUUAG